AUGCAGAAGGACCCAACGUACAUUAUUGACGUGCCUAUUUUAUCUACGCGGGAUGGAGCUUACCAGGUCAAUUUAAAAAAUUCUGGCCUUUUUCAAACUCCGAUUACGUUUGCCCUCCCGUUCACCUCGACCUCCUGUCUGGAGGAUACAAGAUUUUUGUUUGGUUUGUGGAAUCGAAGUACUAGCGCAAGACAGGCUGCUGCAUGGUUGAGUAUCAAGAUGGGAGAAAGAGCAAGUUUUCUGUGCGAACGGUGUCAGAGACAGACAGAAGUCCCUUUCUUACGGCCACUCAAUUCCAAUCUCCUUCACUCGGAUUAUAUACCCUGCGAGACUGAAGUUUCCCAAACGACGGAACUAUUAGAAGAAGAAGCGAGGGAAUUGAAGCAGUUAGAAAAUGACAUCGCUCCCUUACGUCGGAUAUUGGAACAGAUGGAAGCGGGGAAACGGCGGCUCGAAGCCCAGAUUGCGCAGCGUCAAUCGAUCCUCUCUGUCCAACGCAGGGUACCCGCGGAACUCUGGGGAAACAUAUUCGCCUUCGCGUGUUCCUUCAGUUCCAGGGAUGGCUACUUCCUCGAUAUUCAAGACCUCGAAAUCGACGACUACCACAUGCCAGAGGUCCUAUCCAUGUUUCCCGUUACGCUGUCCUAUGUCUGCUCUCGCUGGAAGGCGAUCGCUACUGGAUGCCCCAAGCUUUGGUCCUCAAUCAGAGUAGAAGUUUUCUCGAAGUUUUCGCGGCGCGAAAUGUUCCUGGUUGAGACCUUUCUGGACAAUUCUGCAGGAUUCCCGCUGAAUAUGGCCAUCAUUGUGCCGGUGACGUGGCUGAAUGAUAGGCCUUUGGACAAUUACUGCCUGUCCAUUUGGGAACUUUUAACAGGUCAAUUUUCACGAUGCGAGCGACUAUCCAUUCACGUCGACAACCUGAGGACUCUUUCUACUCUCAAACAACCGGAUCUCUCAUUCAACAACCUAAAAGCUUUCCACUUCACCACCCGAACUGACCGCCUCGAGUUCAACAUCAAUAUCCCGUUCUGGCAGGCAAUACGUCAGGUUCCAAAGUUAGCAGAGCUUCACGCGCAGGCUCCGUUACUCUUACUCUGUUUAGUGCCCAUUAGCCAACUCACUACAAUGACACUUAACUUGGAGGGUGUUAGCAACAUUGCAGAUAUACUUCCGGUGUUAGAGUCUGCCAGGCAACUUCGUUCUCUGACGGUGCUACCAGGAACUGAUUGCGAAUUCAACGCUACCAAGAUUCGCCGCGUGGAGAUGCCUUCUUUACGUACUCUGAUACUGCUGGAGGAUUAUCCAUCGAUCGAUUCUUGGGAUUUUAGCCACGGAGAAGUUUAUAUUUCGCAAGUCGCUGGCCUCCUUGGCUCCUUGCAACAUUGAAAGAAGCAUCCAGCUCUCUGCGACACUUGUCACUUUUCCUUGAUCCCGUAUACGAUCGUUCCUGGGAACCCAUUUUCGUGCUGUUGAAAACCACACCUCACUUAACUCGUUUCGAUUUCGGAGGCAAGGUGGAACCCGAUAGCACCCGCCUCUCUCUAGCUGAAGCCGAAUACCGAAGGUGCUGCCGCACAGAAAAAUUCUCCCGCAGUUACAUCCGUUCAUCACUCGCCAGCCUCACAUAUACGCCUCAGAACACUCUCGUUCCGGACCUUGAAUCUAUCUCUCUCGUUAGAAUUCAAUCGUAUUCUCAAUUGUUGAGCGAAAUCCUCGAUAUGGCGACCUCAAGAAGCCCUGGUAACAUUUCAGCUGUCACUGGCGUUCGUCCUUUGAAGGAACUUUGUAUCGAAUACUACGAUGAGCAGGAUUCGCCAGUGGAACGUUAUGUAUUGGAGGGGAUAAAGGAUUUAGAAGCAGAUGGGAUGAAAGUGGUCACCACAAAGCUAGGCUCCUGGGGCGGGGAAGAGGCUACGGAAUGAUUUGGAGAUAGCACUUCGUUGGCAUCGCUCCCCCUCUCAUCUCAAACUUUGAUCUCUCUCAGGUAGGUACAACUCCUUUUCGCUUUAUGCAUCUUUCGAACUAGUUCUUCUUUUAUUGUAGUACCGGGCUGAUUUAUACUAUUCCAAUUUCUGAAACCUGUACUAGUACGCCCACUAUAUUAUUCUGUCCAGAGUUCGUCAGCCUGUACCUUGGAAUCUCAUAUACCAGAGGUAACGGGGGACCUGGAACAGGAAGGAGGUGAA